UCAAAAUCCGAGAAAAAUAUAUGCGUAGUCGUAUAGCGUAUUGACCCUUUAUUUAUCGCUACAAAUAUCAGAACCCCUUUUUUAAAAAAGAAGAAAUAAAAAAAAAUGGAAAAAAAAUCUCCAGCCGCCCCCGGCCUGUCUUCCUCCCCGGCUGAUUUUUUUGGCCAUCGCGCGUCCCAAUCCUUUCAGCCGCCGCUCUGCUCCUGCUUCAAAAAAAAAUCUCGCCGCCAAUCCCUUCUCCUCCUUAUCUCUCUCUCGCGCGUCUUCCUCCCUGCGCCCAGCCGAGCCCCUUCAUCGCGCCCAGCUCGCCCAUGGUGGCGCGCGCGCACUCCCUGUGCUCGCCCAUGGCGGAUCCCUCCGCUCGGCCGCCCACCUCCCCAAGCUCGUCGCGAGUCCCCAGCCCCUCUCUGCUCGGCCAUGGCCGCUGUGCCGAGCUCCUCCUCCUGCUCGCCAGAAUGGCGCUUCUCUGCUCAGACCGCGCCCUGGCGUGGAGCUUCCUCCCUGCUGCAGCUCAGCCUCCAGGUUGCCUCCUCGCCGCGCGCUUCUUCCUUAUUCCCUGCGCCCCUGCUUCCUGGUAGCCGCGCCCUGCUCUUGGCGGCGCUCACCCUCUGCUCACUCUCCUGGCCGCCAUCUCCAUGGUCGCGCGCCCAGCUCCCUCCUACCCUGCUCGUCUAUGGCGACUUCCCCCUGCUGGCAGCCGUUCGGCCCAGCUCCAUCCCUGCCCAUCUCCCAGCCCGGAUCUCGUUCCUGCUCGGCGUUCGUCUCCUUGCUCGCUGGCGACCUUCCCUCUGUCCUCCAGUGUCGCGCCGGCUUGGAGUUUUCAUGGCCGCCGCCCUGCCCUAUCUUCCAUGGUUGUGCGUUUGCUCUGCUCGGAAUCACUCCCAUGGCGAGCUCGCCCGGCGUUCAUCCCCUGCGUCUCCUCGCCGUGGAUCUUCCUUCCCCAGCUUCUUCCUCCCUGCGGCUGUUUGCCCUCGCCUGUGCCGCGCCCCUGCGCUCGUCGCGGCGCUCCAGCUCGCCCCUGCCCAAGUGAAUCGCCCGGGUCCGGCUUGGACACCAUGUCGUGUCCCCUGCGUCACGCGUCGUGUGUAGAGCAAUGAAACAAAAAUUCGUGCGCGUCGAGCUCCCGCGUCGAAUCCAGCCCCAUGUUGACGCGUCCCUGUUCCAGCUUGUCGUGCCAUGUUCCAGCUUGUCGUGCCGCGUCGUCAUCGCUUCCUGUCGCGAGCUCGAUUUCUGUUGUCAUCGGACUUCACGCAUGCUCGCGUUUGUCGUCGAGCUGUUGAACCCGUCCUCCCUUGCUCGUGACUUCGUCGUCAAGUCUCGCUGUCCAUGGCGGAGUUCCCUGCUGUCAGCCUCCGCACCCAUUCUAGGCCGUCGUAAAACUCUAGUGCUUGUCGCUGAUAUCCGAUCGUCUCCAACCUUUGUUUUGCUGUCGUCGUUCGAUCACCCCGUCUUGAUGUCGGUCUCUACGUGAUGUCUCUGAAUUGUGAUCGUGCGGACAAAAGAAUUCCCAAGAGAAGAUGUCCAAAGAUUGGAUGGUGGUGUGCGUGAAGUUCGUGUGGCACCUGCCAAGCGCUCGGCAAAUUAUUGGAAUCGGAAAAUCACUACCGAUCUCACGGAUUCGAGUCAGCCGUUGAAACGGUACGUGAAUUAACCACGUGAUGCGGAGAACCAGAACUGAGUCGACCACAAGAUGGUGCUAAUGAACGGAACUGAAGGUGGACAGACGAAACAAGUAUCAGAACAAAAGAUGGUCGUCAAGUGGACGUCGUCUAACAACACUAACCUAGUGUUAUUCAGGCAAGCCCCGGUGCAUGCAACCCCUUCCUUGUGUUUUUAAGUAAUUUUUACACACUUUAAGUCUAGCAAAAUGUGCAUUAGGUUUAUAGGAGUUGCUUGAAAACUCUUUGAUGCAUUGCCUACCUUGAUAUCCAUACCUUUAUAGAUACUUCUAAUGAAGUAUCAAAAUAUGAUUUACAAAAAUGCUUAUCCCUGCUUAGAUCUUGUGGAUAGGGGUUGUCCUUUGCGUUAAUGCCUAGCUCAGGGGUUAUCCUGAGGAAGGAUGGCUUCUAUCUACAAGAAUAUUUUUAUUGGGAGCAAUGGUGGGAUCUUACUGCAAAGUUCACUGUGAUGCUCUUUUCAUCCUAAGGAACACAAACAAUCCUAAGGAUGGAAGUACUUAAAUCGGAACUUGGGCUAGGAACAUGUGAUGUUCUACCCAGGUUGAUUAAGGAUUAUACUGAAUGUAGGCUUGAUGAUCGAGGACCUUUUAACUGGUCACAUGCCUCAUCAUGGGUAAGCUUUGCCUCGGGCAGACUAAUACCAGAGGACCUUUUAUCGUCUGCUCGCCCACGAGUGCGGACUUUAACACAUUAUAGCGGCGAAAUUCGUUUUGGUUCAACUAAAUCGAAUGUCUAUUAAAAUAUCGAAUCCGAUAUCGUUUGGUUUGAUCCGUCGACAUCUGGCUAAAACUCAGCCUUGUAAAUAUUUCCUCAAACAAAUUCAUUUAGGAUUCAACAAAUAAAGUUUUCAGUUAAAAAUAAUCUCGACCCCGUGUGUUAUCUGAGAAAUCGUGUUCAAAGAUAAGGACGUGGUCUGGUCCGUUAUUUCUUGCUCUACUCGGAACAUUCGGGUAGCAGAUGAGUUUAUCGGGUCUUAGUUAUAUCAAAAGGAAAUCUCCUAUGUAGUUGGCAAUGUCAUUUUGGUUUGACCAAGUUAAACCUCAUUUAUAUCUUGAUACUAGAUUCAAAUCUGAGAGCGCGAAUAUAUAUGGAUUAGUGUGUAAAAAAGAGAGAAGAAAUAAAAAAAGAGAAAA